CAUAUGACGUCCUCCCAGAACGCGCUCUCCUGCGCCCCAUCUCCUACGGACACAGCUGAUCACGUGAUGUGGUAAAAGACCAAUCAUACCGGCCUUUUACCACGUGAUCAGCGGUGUCCAAUGACACGCUGAUCACAGGGAAAUGCAAGUGCCGGGCACUGAUGAUCAGUGCCCUGAUGAUCGGUGCCCAGCAAUGCCACCCGCAAGUUCCGCCCACUUGUGCCCAGCAGUGCGCCCACUAGCUCCGCCCACCUGUGCCCAGCAGAUCACCCACCUGUGCCCAGCAGUGCACCCACCUGUGCCC